AUCGAAUCUCCGUCCGCUAAGUCAAUCAGAAACCGCAUCUGUCUGCGACUCGGUCGUUCCUGGUGUGGUUUCGUGUCGUAGUCAUUAAAAUCUCAUCUCUCUCACUCUCAGUUCCAAUAAUACCCCUUCCUAUCAGAGCCAACACGCAUCCAGCAUCCUUCAUCAGCCUUUGCGUAUGAAAAUGAUGAAACUUGAAUAGAGAUCAUUCGUAUUUCAUCGACGUUUCUAAUUCGCAAUCACAAUUGUUUUCUUCAAGGAAUUGGUUUGCUUGCUUUGAUCCUCAGUUUUGUCAAAGGUCUUUUUUUUUUUUCCUGGACUUGCUAAAAUCUCUUGUGGCUUUUGCUCUGAUACUUGUUAGUUUGGGUUUCGUGAGUCUCGCUUUAUAAAGGUAAGACUAUAUUUUUGACUAAACUGCUUCCGGAUUCUGCUUUGUUUUAGCUCAAUUUUACUCUUCUUUAGGUUGAUGAACAGAAGAUGAUGUGGUUGUGUGUUAUUGUCAUUUUGCAGGAUAUGGGACAAAAGAGAUGGUUCUUCUUGUUGGCAAUUUUUGUUUGUCUUGUUUCAUCUUCAUGUGGUAGAGUUCUCAAGUUUAAGAGCGAUGAUGGUCGACCUGUGUACAAUCAUACGCUUGCCAUCACACUUGUGGAGUAUACUUCUGCGGUCUAUAUGUCUGAUUUGUCAGAACUCUUCACUUGGACAUGCGAAAGAUGCAAUGGUUUGACAAAGGGUUUUGAGGUAAUAGAGAUAAUAGUUGACGUUGAGCACUGCUUACAGGCAUAUGUUGGGGUGGCUAAGGAUUUGAAUGCUAUCAUUAUUGCAUUUCGGGGAACUCAAGAACACAGCAUACAAAAUUGGGUCUCAGACUUGUUCUGGAAACAGCUCGAUCUAAAUUACCCUGAUAUGCCAGAUGCAAUGGUGCACCAUGGCUUUUAUAGUGCUUAUCACAAUACAACUGUACGGCCUGCAGUUUUGGAUGCAGUAAAACGAGCAAAGGAAUCCUAUGGGGCCAACCUCAACAUCAUGGUGACUGGUCAUUCAAUGGGAGGAGCCAUGGCUUCCUUUUGUGCGCUAGACCUAGUUGUUAAUGAAGGAGAAGAAAACGUACAAGUUAUGACAUUUGGGCAACCUCGUGUUGGGAAUGCUGCUUUUGCAUCUUAUUUCAAUUUGCUUGUGCCUAAUACCUUCCGGAUCAUACAUGACCGUGACAUAGUUCCUCAUCUGCCUCCUUACUAUCAUCUUUUCCCUCAAAAAACAUAUCACCACUUCCCCACAGAGGUGUGGUUGACAGAACUAAGUAUUUUGAAUAUUGUUAUCCGUGGUGUGGAAAAAGUUUGUGACAACACCGGUGAAGAUCCUACAUGCAGCAGAUCGGUAAUGGGAAAUAGCAUAUCUGACCAUUUAACGUACUUUGGAGUGGAGUUGAUGGGUGAGACUUGGAGGCAAUGUAACAUAGUGAUGGGCCAUGAGAUGGAGAGUUACAGUAGGAAAGAUUCAAAGGGUAACAUAUUCCUUUCGCGGACAGUUCCUUCCACGGAGGUAAUCAAAACAAAAAGUAUAUCCAAAACCGGAAUCUCAAGUCUAUAGGAGUUGGUUGAUUCGAGACUCGAACAAGAAUGCUUGCUUGAAAGGGAGGUUGGGAGAUUCAAAUGUGCAGGAAGAAGAAGGGUUCUUUCAUUCUUUGUGGUCGUCAAAGAAAGUGAAACAAAUGACAAUCAAGACAUUGUAAAUAAGUCGUAGGUUGAUACCAUAAUACCAUGUAGCAAAAACAAUACACUGUUCAUUUGUUAUUCCCUUAAUUUAAAUCCAUGAUCACAUAUGUAUUGGAUUCAACCUUGUAAAUAUGUGAAUGAAUAUCCAAUUGCUGUGGAUGGUGAAUAUCUGUAUUAUAGAAUAUUCUGUCUCUAUCUCUUUAGUUUUUACCACUUAAGAUGGUAUUCCAUAAUAAUUCUUUCG